AGGAUCCUAGGGCUCGUAGCCCAUUUGACUGGAUAUCACUUCAAAAAUGGCGUGUUCUAUGCAAUUACUAUGAAAGUGAUAAAUUCAAGAAAAGAUCUGCAACUAAUGUUAACAAUAGAAAAUGCCUACCAUAUACUCAUACCUCAGGUUCAAAAUCAUUUCACACAUGACUAUUGCAAAUGGUAAUGUAAUUAUUGGAUUUCGUUAAAUCAUCUGUUAAUGUAUUUACUGUGAUAAUAUUUUGUCAUAAUUAUUGCAUUUUUCUCUUUUAAAGGAAAAUCAGAGCUAUGUGGAUAACUUCGCAAGAACUCAUAUGAAAAAUGUUACUUUUGUGAAUGACAAAGCUGCAAGAAAACAUAUCGAAAUGGAAAAUUUAAGGAACGAAUCUAUUGAAGACAGGGAAGGCCUGACUUCCGAGAGAGAAAUUGUAAAGAAAGUACUCGGCCAACGAUCUGGAUAUGAAAAGGGCAUGGGAUAUGGAUUUGUGCCUUCUAAAUGUACGAAAAGGUCAACAUGUGAGUCUUCACAGCUUGAGGCACUUAAAGAGAAGUUGAGUGGUACUGAAGAUGAACUAAGAAAUGUUGUUUCUUGCAUUAAUUCUCAAAAAGAAAUGAUUCUGAACCAAGAAGCAAUAAUUCAGAAUUACGAUGAUCGGUGCAAAAAACAAGAUGAAGAGAUGUCAAGUCUAAAGGAAGGGCAAAAUGAGUUAAAGAAAAUGCUACUGCUUUUUAUGCAACAAAAUACUUCGAGCAACCCAUAAAAAAUGUGUAAGUUUUACAAGACUUCUACUUUAUUUCGCACUAUUUCAAUACUUAUAUUUGAUUGAGAAUCUGAUGGAUAAAAUACUCGUUAAAAGCAGUUAUAUUAAUUAUGAAUGAUAUAUGUGUAAGCGUGGAGAUAAUGUAAAUAAACUAAUUUUGAGGAAGAAGUUGAUAGCUAGAAUCUUCUUUGUAUCAUUCUAUGUGUUGAUGUGAAUGAGUUGUUACAAGCAUGUUGUUUUAUAAGC